AAUUGACGAGCACCGCCACUAGAUAGUGCUUACGAUCGUGCAUGGCAUUUUUCCUACUGCUCGUUCAGUGUACUACGUGCACGACAAAUAGUCCAAGCCGUUUCUCGGUGUGUGUGUUCUUCUCUCGUGUUCGUUAGGCUAGCUCGCGCGAGUUGACUGCUGCUUGGCACAAGAGCAUCGUGUGAAAAUGGCGUCGUCAAUCAGAACGAUCCGUUUGUUAUCGCGGAGUACAGGAUUUUUCAGGAACUCUAGCUGUUGUCUUGCCUCAGCUCGUCUCGCAAAUGUCAGCGAGUUCAACCAAAGAUUUUUACAUACAAUCAAGCGAACAUCGUUGCCCGCUUUGACUCAGGUCAAUGGCCAGAGUGUCCGCAGCUAUAGCCACACAAUAGAAGAGAAACCUACACUGAAGGAAGUUCAAGACCGCGUUUUGAAAGUCGUCGCCGCAUACGACAAAGUUACAGCUGACAAGCAAGUCAAGCGGGUACGCCACUACAGUGAAAAACCACCGCUCACAGUUAAAUUUAUUACUGACCGCGUACUUUUGGUUCUAAAACUUUAUGACAAAAUAGAUGCUGAAAAGCUCACACUGGACUCUCACUUCAUGAAUGAUCUAGGCUUAGAUUCUCUUGAUCACGUUGAAGUGAUAAUGGCAAUGGAAGAUGAGUUUGGAUUUGAGAUUCCAGAUAUGGAUGCAGAAAGGCUAGUAACACCUGCUGCAAUAGCUCGUUAUGUUGCAGAUAAAGAAGAUAUUUAUGAAUAAUAAACACGUUUAUAAUUUUAAGUAAAAACUCAGUAAAGUUUAAAUACUUAAGAUAAUCUCAUAACAGUUGUUACCACAAUGUGGAUGAUUUGUGAAGCGAGGAGUUAGUGCUACUUAUUUGCUUUCCUGUAUAUAGAUCAAGAUCAUUAUAUUAAUAAAAUAUCAUGGAAAAUGAUUA